GCCUGACAUACAACUCUCCAACAGAUCACCAGACCAGUUCCCCACUGCAGCAACAGACAACUGGACUGUAAUUAUUAAACAGAGAGGCAGAGAGAAGCUGAGGCUGACGGGUAUAGGCAGACUGAUAAAUACACAAAGACAGAAGCGGGCUUGUGGACGGAUAAUAAGGUAGACAGACAGAGAUAGUUACCAGUGCACCAGACGGAUGGGCAACAAGACAGGCCGACAAAUAGCAAGGUGGCCAGAAUGAUAGAUUGGAAGCAUCUUAAACCAGGCUCCGCUACACCAGUGACACUGAAUUUACAGGAAUAUAUUCAAUUUGUGGGUUCUUUCAAUCUGAGGACUAAAGGAACAUGAAAUAAUGUCACCCUCCUUACUCCAUUUCUUCCUUUUUUCAUUAAUUUGAUUGGCAGACUACACAGAGCGGAUGGGAGUAAGGGUUUGUAGUUGCUGUGGCAACGGCCUGCUCUUUGUUAAAGGCUACAUUCCUGGCAUCUGAUGUUUCUGCGCUGCGAUCGAUAAAAACCCCAGCCUGCAGGGACUGUUGAAUGGACUGGGGCUUUUGCCAGGCCAGGCUGGAGCGGGUAGAGAAAAGGAGUUAGGAGCAGGAUGUGUGAACAGGAGGACAGAGAGAUAAAACAGCGAUAGAAAGAAGAGGCAAAGAGGAGAGGUGCGGAGACGCGAGCAGUGCAGCUGCCGAGUCGAGCUCAGGGGGCUUGUUCGUGAUGGUGCUCUGUAUGGAUGAGAAACUGUGCCGUGACAGAGGGCAACGUGGGUAAAAGAGACAUGCGACACCCAGCCCUGCACCACUACCACAUCUUCCUGGGCGGGGCCUUGCUGCUUCUCCUGAUCAGCCCGGCUCUGAGCUGCCCCGCCCGAUGUGAGUGCUCUGCCCAAAGCAAGUCAGUUAGUUGCCACAGAAAGCGCCUGCCUACCAUCCCCGAAGGUAUCCCCAUUGAGACACGUGUGCUGGAUCUCAGUAAAAACAAGCUACGCAUCAUCACACCAGACAACUUCUCUUCAUUCCAGCAGCUGGAGGAUCUGGACCUCAGCGACAACCUCAUCACUGUGGUCGAACCAGGCUCAUUUCGUUCUCAACUUGCUCUCCGCUCGCUCAACUUUCGCAGUAACUUGCUUCAGCUGAUUCCUGCCGGUGUGCUGUCGGGCCUCACAAACCUCACCCGCCUUGACCUCAGCCACAACCGACUGGUGGUUCUCCUGGAUCAUGCCUUCCAAGAUCUGCGUAGGUUGACAUCCCUAGAGGUGGGUGACAAUGAGCUGGUUUUCAUCUCUCAGCGGGCUUUCACAGGAUUACUUGGACUUCAGAGUCUGACCCUGGAACGGUCCAAUCUGACCGUGGUUCCUACUGAUGCUCUGGGACAUCUGCACAACCUGGUUGAACUGCGCAUGCGCUACUUGAGCAUUGGUUUUCUAAAACCAUUCUCCUUUAAGAGGUUAUUGCGCCUUCGCCGAUUAGACAUUGAUUACUGGCCCUGGCUGGACACACUGCCUCCUCACUCACUGCAUGGCCUCAACCUCACAACACUGUUCAUAACCAACACCAACCUGUCUGCCUUCCCUGGUGCGGCACUGCGCAACCUGCCCUACCUCACACAUCUCAACUUGUCCUACUGCCGCAUCCAGCACAUCCAUCAGGGAGAUUUGGGCCAGCUCCCACACUUACUUGAGCUCCGCCUUCAAGGGGCUCAUCUGGUUUCUAUUGAGCCCUUUGCAUUUGUAGGCCUCAAAUCUUUGCAACUACUGGAUGUGUCACAGAACAGCCUGGACUCUCUGGAGAGAGGAGUGUUUGCCUCACCAGACAGUCUCCAGAGGCUGUGUCUGGGUGGAAACCCAUUAGUGUGUGACUGCAGAUUGCUUUGGCUACUCAAUAGCCACAAGCCUCCCUCUCUGCAGGUUCUGGAUGACCAGCCUGAGUGUAGUGCUCCUGAGCACCUUCUGGGGAAAACUCUCCGUGACCUCAAGGAACCUCUGGUCUCUAGGUACAUGACCUGCACCAAACCACGGAUUGGACCCAACACGACCCAGCUGCUGAUGGCUGAUGAGGGUCAGCCUGCCCACCUGAGCUGCAUUGCAGAGGGAGCACCUCGGCCCUCAGUGGUAUGGAUUACACCUCACAGACGCUACAUCACAGCCAAGAGCAGUGGUAGGGUGGAAGUCCAACCAGAUGGUACUCUGGAGAUCAAAGCAGCGGAGCUACACGACAGUGGGGUGUACUUAUGUAUUGCCAGUAACCCUGCUGGCAAUGCUAGUCUGUCAGCUUCUUUAGCUGUGAAGAGCCUAGGCACUGGGGACAGAUCUCUCCAUAUCAACAGGAGCUCAAACUAUCUGACAGACUCUAACAGUACAUGGGGCAAUGGGACAGUACUGUACAAUAUGACAGUUCCUAUAGACAUUAAGACCAUCAUCAUAUCUACAGCCAUGGGUUGCCUGUCCUUCCUAGGUGUGGUCAUCUUCUGCUUCCUGCUUCUGUUUGCCUGGAGCCGAGGGAAAGGACGCCACAAGAGCAACUUUGAUAUUGAGUAUGUCCCUCGCAAAUCCAACGGAGCAGCAGCAGAGGUGACAGAAACAAGUGGCCCACGACGGGUCAACAUGAAGAUGAUCUGAAAACAGUGCAGACUGACGCAUACAAUAGUAACGUCAAAACAACAAAAUGUCCACAUAUCAGCCGAAAAAAAAGUGUUUUUUUUUCUAUGACAAAGUGGAUUUGUGACAAAAGAAAGUGAUGUACUAAUAUAGUGGGUGUCAAUAUGACAGUGAUCUAGUGAUAAAGUGGGCAUGUGAAUAUAAAAGUAAAACCGUGGACGUGUUUAUAUGACAUAAUGUUCUCAUACAGUACAUUGAAUAUAAUACUAUAACCAACAUAUCAAUAUGGAAGUGAUAUAGUGCUGCACUAGGCAUGUGUUUCAGUGGUGAUGUGAUGAGUAAUGAUGUUGUCGACUCACCGUGACAUCAAGGUGAUGGAGGGAGCCGCUGGCAGUGACAGUGGACAUCUUUGCGUGGCAGUAGAGCUAUCAUCACUGCAACAUGCCAGGACAAAAUUGUCUAAUACCCAUAUUAGCUGCAGUAUGAAAGCUGUGUUCAUGGGUGCGCGCGUGCGUGUAUGUGUGAGUGCAUCAGUGUGCGCAUGUUGCAUUUGUGUGUUUCUUUGUGCAUGUGCACGCAUUGCCUUUCUUGUUGGAUGGAACAAUUAAGAUGAUAGGGUCCAAAGCAUUUUUCCAGGCCUUUGUUCAUGUUUGGUCAUUGUAACAACAGUCUUGCCACUGUUGAGUAAAAGAGAGAAUUAUCUAUGUUUGUAUGCAAAAUCACAAUUAUUAUAUUCAAGAGAAAUGCUGCAGAAAUUUUGAAAUAGGUCAUUUUACCCUGUGGAACGACUUUAACAUUAGAUGGGGAUUUUUUAAAACUCAAGGAAACACACACAGUAGUUACAAUCUCAAGUCCGAGCUUUAACCAUAGAGUUCACUUUCCAACAGCAUUCAACACUCCAGAGAAAUAGCAGUGGCCAGUGGUGUUAUUGCUUCGGAAAAGCUUUUAGCUAUAGAAAUGGCAUGUUAAACCCAUUUUAUAACAUAAUAAAUCAUGGGCAGAUUUUCCUGCCAGACAAAUCCCUUGAUAUGAUAUAAGAGUCGGUAGCCAGACACAAUGGCAAAGAUUUACUGGCCGGUGCCCUCUUUGGGGCGAGACAACGUUGAGCUUUGCGGAUUUAUGGGUUGAAUUUCCCCCUCUCUCAUUUUUCUCUGAUCGCACCACUUCAAGCUAGUGUGUCCGCAUUUGUUCCUGGGGCACUGGGUAUUUAAUAGAUGGCAAUUUAAAAGUUGUAGUGAAAUAUUGUAUUGGUUAGUUUUCCUCUUUUUCUUUUCUUUUCAUUUUUUAAAUGUUUUAAAUGUUUAGGGAAAACAGUAAAACAAUUAAGGGCAAUUCUUUGUAAAGCAGGGACGUGGAUGUUAACUUGUGUGAUCCUGUUGUGAUAAAAUGUUCAAGGUUGUAAAAUUGUUUUCAUAUGACAAAUUUAUGGGUAUAUUUUCAAAAAGGAAAUAAAUCUUAAUCAUACCCCUAU